CUUGACAGUGAAGCGGUUACCUACUUCUCUAGCUUUAUUUUUUAAAUAAAUAAUUUUAAAUUAACAGAAAGUAAAAUAAUCUCUAUGGUAUAUUGGUAACUAUGUAUAAAAUAAACAACUGUCUUUUAUUAUUAUUUAUCUAAAGGUUCAUUCCAGUUUAAUUAGUCUUGACUUAAUAAGCAUUUUCAGAGAGAUUUUUAGAGUGAUAUACCAAUUAUGCAUUAUUUAAUUAUUUCAUUUUUACUUGGCGUUAUUGUCAUGUAUGGGAUAUUCAAAAGGAAACAUAUUUGUAAAGUAUUAUAUCGUAUUUUACAGAAUUACCUGAAAGCGAUUAUUUACUAUGAUAAAAUAUAUAAGAAUACGGAAGUACAAGUAGAUUUAACGGCAGUGAAAGAUACUGUAUAUUAUAUUGAUAAUAAAACAUUAAAAGAAGAAUUUGAAAGAAUGAAAGAAAAAAAUUUAGUAUUGGAAAAAAGAUUGACAGAAUUAUCAGAUAUGGUCAGACACGGCGAAGAAAAACAAAUAUCGUCAAUGUCGAGAUGUCUACAAUUGCGUCAAUAUGAGGAAUCUGUGCAAUGCUUGCACGACAAGGUUGACAAAUUGUAUAAAGACCAGAGGACAGUAACAGAGACGAUUGACGAUAAAUUAAGGAGACUCGUGUGCGAAAUUGCAUCAAUAAAGAGUUGUUACUAUACGUCGUAUUCGAUGUUUCACGAUUUUGAAAAAAAAUUGACUUCUAUAAAAAGUGAUACUGAAAAUUCGAUUAGGAAGUGUAGAUCACUGAAAUCGUGGAACGAAACCCUAGAAAGAGAUGUAAUGAAGAAUACUUUAAACAUCAGUGCAUUGUCGUUGGAGUUGGCUAGUUGCCAUGAAUUUGGGUCAACUAGAAUGCCCUCCCCCGAUAACCACGGUUGCAGUCGACCAGAUACAUUCGGAGUUUCGGUGGUGAGCAAUAAUAAGUUUUCGGUGCCGAAACCACCGGAUAUGAAUUUGGUACCAACGACACCAUUUCCCCCACCCCCACCACCGGCUCCUAAAGCGGCACGGAAUAUGCCAAAACCUAUGAACACAGCCACCGGUGAAAAAGUAUACUAUCGCAUUCCGAUCACGACGGACAUUUUAAAAUCCGUUGUGCUUAAACCGCCCGGCGAGAGGAAUCGCAAACACUGAACUUUUCCCUAAAUAGUUUUAAGUUGCAUUGCGCAAAAACGAUGACGUUAUAAAACGCGUCAUAUUGUUAGUUUAUUUUUGAUUGUUUAUUUACCUAUGUUAUUUAUGUAUAAAAUAAAAUUGUUAAUACCAUAAAAGUGU